AUGAGAGGACUCAGCGCGGACGAACUUGGGAUCUCGUUCGGCUUACGUCAUAUUGAGUUUCGGCCCGACCCCGAAAAGCCCUCUAUUGUACACGGCAUUUGGGCAAGCAUCCCCAGGGGAGCAUUCUUGGGCAUAAUGGGACCGUCUGGAGCUGGAAAAUCAACGCUUUUGAAAAUUUUGGCAGGCAAACUUCGCCAGACGUCUGGAGGCACAACUCUCAACGGCAUCGAAAAGGACAUCUCUAUGUUCAAGCAGCUCAUUGGAUUCGUUCCACAGUCAGAUGUUGCUCUUGUUGAUCUUACUGUGCGUGAGAAUGUGUUACUCUCAGCACGCCUUCAAUUGGGCGGCAUCAGAAGUGAUACAUUCAUCAAAAGUCAUGUGGAUCAUAUUCUUUUGUGUAUGGGACUUGACGGGAUCCAGGACAGCAUUAUUGGUGAGCCCUGCUCUAAGAGAAGCAUUUCGGGUGGUGAGCGGAGACGAGUCAGUAUUGCCUUGCAAUUGGUUGCGAUGCCAUUUGCAUUGCUUCUUGAUGAACCCACAUCUGGGCUUGAUGCGCAUACUGCGCUAUCAGUUAUGGAGCUUCUGGCUUCUAUAUCCCAAUUAGGUGUUACUGUUGUAUGUGUCCUUCACCAGCCUCGAUCCGAAAUUCUCAAUAAACUGGAUUAUCUGAUGCUGUUGGGCCGACAAAACCCUGUUUAUAUGGGGAGAGCAGCUGAAGUCAAGAUGUAUUUUGAAGGACUCGGAUACCAGAUCCCAGAACAUUCAAAUCCAGCAGACGCUAUUUUGGACAUCUUGUCAGCUGGAUUUGAUCAUCCAUUCCGGGAAGACUACCGGCAAGACAUGUCUGAGGCAGAAUGCUCGCCAACAGGUUGUAGGGAUUUGGAAACACUUUCUGAAAUGGUGAAAUCGCGCAAAGCGCCAUGGCACCGGCAAUGCUUCAUUCACUUCAUGCGUGGCAUGAGACAACAAGCACGGCAGACCACUGUGGCGUUAACUGAAAUCCUUGUUGGUGCGAUUUCAGGCCUAGUGAUGGGGCUCGCUGUGUAUAACUUUGAUGGCAACCUGUUCCAUGGGAUUUUCCGAGAACCUUUUGAACCCUUAUCCAGUGCGGUGAACUAUAAUCUUGUCCCACAACUGGCUCUUCUCUCAACGUUGGCGAUCAGCCUAGCAGCUGCCCCAGCCGGUGUCGAGACCUUCGGAGCAGAAAAGGAUAAUUUUUAUCGUCAAGUCGACGCAGGUCACUCACCCAGCGCCUACUUCGUGGGCAGAGACCUAUCGACCUUACCGCGCAUCGCUCUGUCCGCUCUUCACUUUACAACAUUCUAUAUCGUCCUCGCAACACCUAUUGUCUCGUUUGGACAGCUCCUUCUAACCAACUUAUUAUACUUUUUCUGCAUAUACGGGCUCGCUUCUGCCGUCUCCUCCUUAGUUAGGCGCGAGAGUGCUUUACUGCUGGCUCUGCUCAUAUCCUUGAUAGUAGGGAUAUGCAACGGCUAUGGCCCGCCUCUUUCUCGCGUCAAGUCAUGGCACAUGGAAUGGUUCUGGUACCUUUGCCCUGGGACUUGGUUUGCCGAGGCUUAUUUUACGGAGCAUGUUUCCCGGCUUUCUUAUUUAUACGAUAUCCAAACUGCUGCGGCUUGGAAUGGCUAUGUUGUUGGAAGGACAGGGUUUGACCUAGGGUAA